AUGCCAAUCAGAGCUAUACCAAAGGUUUCUAUUGCAAGAAACGGUGUUGGUAUCUUUGUUCUUCCAUGCAAAAGAAUCGAGCUGCAAUACUGUAACUGGGGUGGUUCCUCACAAGGAAUGCGAGACUUCAUCUCCAAUAGACUUUCGAAAUUUGCCUCUUCACACCCACAAAUAGAGUUUAAUGUGAUUAAGAAGAGAGGCCAUCCUGUGGUGAAGGGUCAUUAUUCUGAGAAUAACAAUAUAAAGCCAAUCUGUGUCCGUAAUUUGAAUGUCGACAAUGUCGAAAAUGCGCUGAAAAAAGUGAUCAACUCUUCAGGCCGCAAAUUGAAGAACCCAAAGCAAAACGUAGAGUCGUUGAACGAAAGUGUAAGAGGAAUAUGGUCCCCCUUCCACGUGCACAAAGACCACAGACACAAUGUUUGA